UAAGAAAAUGUGUGGGAUCACGCUCGGUGUUUCGAAGUAGCUUGGGCUUUUAUUGACAAGCUAUUUAUCCAUUUUUGUGACGGUACUUUGACGGUGCAUACCAGCUGUGUGUGUGUGUGUGUGAUAAGCAAAAAGGGGGGGAUAUAAGGGGGAAGCGACCGUCGUUGGGUCAAAAUGUCGAUUCAGUACGAGGUGGAACAGCUGGCUGACAGCUACGGGGUUGCGGACUCGUUCCCCAAAGAUUUCGGCUAUGGUGAAGAGGAGGCCGACAUCGAGGACAGCCCGGCUCCGUCUGACAGCAAACCGAGGAUCCUGCUCAUGGGUUUGAGGAGAAGUGGCAAAUCAUCGAUACAAAAGGUGGUUUUCCACAAAAUGUCUCCCAACGAGACCUUGUUCCUGGAGAGUACCAACAAGAUCUACAAAGACGACAUCUCCAGCAGCUCUUUCGUCAACUUCCAGAUCUGGGACUUCCCCGGCCAGGUCGACUUCUUUGACCCCACCUUUGACUACGAGAUGAUCUUCAGAGGAACCGGGGCCUUGAUAUUCGUCAUCGAUGCUCAGGAUGAUUAUGUGGAGGCACUGGGUAGGCUUCAUCUCACUGUGUCGCGGGCAUACCGAGUCAACCCAGAGAUCAACUUCGAGGUGUUUAUCCACAAAGUGGACGGACUGUCAGACGAUCACAAGAUCGAGACCCAGAGAGACAUUCACCAGAGAGCCAAUGAUGACCUGGCGGACGCUAGUUUAGAAAAGCUGCAUCUCAGCUUUUACUUGACGAGUAUUUACGACCACUCCAUCUUCGAGGCCUUCAGCAAAGUGGUGCAGAAGCUCAUCCCCCAGCUCCCCACUCUGGAGAAUCUCCUAAACAUCUUCAUUUCUAAUUCAGGGAUAGAGAAGGCUUUUCUGUUUGACGUGGUCAGUAAGAUCUACAUCGCCACAGACAGCUCUCCUGUAGACAUGCAGUCUUACGAACUGUGCUGUGAUAUGAUCGACGUGGUUAUUGACGUCUCCUGCAUCUAUGGUCUGAGGGAAGACGGCAGCGGCAGCGCUUACGACAAGGAGUCCAUGGCCAUCAUCAAGCUCAACAACACCACUGUGCUGUACCUGAAAGAGGUCACAAAGUUCCUGGCCCUUGUCUGCAUCUUGCGAGAAGAAAGCUUCGAGCGCAAAGGAUUGAUAGACUACAAUUUCCACUGUUUCCGGAAGGCCAUCCAUGAAGUAUUCGAGGUGGGCGUUUCCACCCAGCGUCCAGCGGGCUCCCUGGCGGUGGGCUCGCCCUGCACCAAGGCCGUUGCACUCAAUGGCACGCCGCGCAACACUGUCUAGACACUGACGCAAAAUUUAAAAAAAAAAAAUGCAAAAAGAGGGUCGAGGAAAGGAAAGAUGGAGAAGGGCCAGGGAGCCUGUAAGAGGUGAGACUACUAAACUUUGGGCUCACCAGAGCACCAAUCACAAUCCCUUGCUCCCAGCACCUAAAACACUGAAAGACGGCUCGAGCCAAGAGUGUGUGGGAGCAGCACUGGAGCGUAGAGGGGUCAGGCUUCUCAAGCUAAGAUGGAAGGGAAAUUCAAGUAUGAAGGACAUCAAGAGAAUAAAACUGCAACUGGACAGGAAAAGCUGUCCAGGAUCUUUUUAAUGGAUUUCCUGUUGCAGUCAGAGGCUGUGAUGAUUAGCUGCUGGUCCCUCUAUAUGAACAAUGUGGGAAGGAAAAAAACAAACAUUUGACGUAACCUCUCGCUACGGACAAGCUGUGAUAUCAGUUUGCAGGAUUAGUGAUGGUCUAGUGAUGAACCCACGCCGACCACUUCUGUGCUGAUGAAAAAGAUGGUGGUGAUGUGAACUGCCAGUCCUAACCCACACAUGUUCAAAGAUGGCCUUAUGUAGAUAAAGCUUGUCUGCAAUGCAAGCUUUCUCUCACUACCACUCACCUCACCCUACCUGAAUGCUGCCCAGAACUUGCUUUUUGGUUUCACUUGUGAAGGGAAAACAAGGUGUGCAGACUAAAAAGGGAUUGUGCUGUCCAUAUAAUUUGGUCGUGUGCGUGUGUGAGUGUGUGUGUAGAUAUCUAUGAAUGUAUGUAUGAGUUAGUGUGUGUGUGUGUGUGUGUGUCAGUGAAAGGUUUUGAUUAGAUCCCAGAUUGGGCUGUGCUGGUGAAGGAUCCUUACAGAAAGAUAAUGUUUCCUUUUCAAUAACAGCAAGCUUAGCAAAAUUAAACUAUUUUCAAUCAGUGAAAGUAACUUAACUGUGUGUACUCCACUGUAAAUCAAAGUUAUCAUUGACUUUCUGAUAAGUUGUAAAAAUGAGUUUGGCCAGAGAUUCGAAAAGGUCUUUGCAAACGCACUGCCAAAAUGAUUUAAUGAUUCAGAAACUGUUAAAACAGUAAAAUUGUGAAUAUAUCAUGAUUCAAACUUUUAUUUCUUACCAUCUAAGAAAAAAUAUAUUAAGUCUGGUUGAGGUGAAAGACGGAGGGGUUUCAGACUCCAGAUUGGUUUUCUAAAAGAUUUUAGGAUGCUUUAAACUUGCAUGUUUUCCCACCUACAAUUUAAGUCCUGCUCAAAAUGAUUAACCCAUGUUUUGUAUUUAGUUUGGCUCUGUUCAGCAGGAUCCACAGGAACAAAAUGUACCCAUUCCAAGCAUGCAUACAUCAGUGUGUUGUCAACUUGUAUCAACCAUAACACUGCUCUUUGUAUUCAAAGGUGAGAAAGUGAAAGUAAACUAACCAAGAAAAUUAAACAAGAAGGAUUAAAAGACCAAAUUUCAUUACUUUCGCUAUUACAGUGACAUGUGAGAUGUUCACGCCUGCAUUUUUCUGUUUGUUUAAUCAAUGGUGAGAUGUGGGAAAUCAGAUUGACUGUGUCCAAAGAACAGGAACCUUUCUCACGAAGCAGGAUUACCUACAUUUUUUUGGACCGCUUCACUUGUACAAAUUUCUAACUUAAUUUCAUUUACAUCAGUCCACUUUCCAGAUUUGAUGGACUUCUCCUUUUUUUCCUCAGUUACAUUCACUAGAUAAACCUGCUUCAUGACACAGGGGAAUGAUCUCUACCCGGUCAUUAUCAGUCACCUGAAAAUAAACACUUGCACAUCAGAACCGUGAUGGAUGAGUGACUUCAUGUAUUGUGACGCUAUACUGUGUGAAAUAAAUGAAAAUUUAAAUUUU